AGCACAAAUCAAGUUAAUUAGCAAACUACCAUGGCAGCAGCUGUGACGACUACCAGCAGUGACCGAAUGGAGCAGCUGAAGGAAUUUGACGAGUCCAAAAUGGGAGUAAAGGGUCUAUCCGACUCGGGUAUCUCCACCAUCCCAAGUAUCUUUCUACAUCCCCCGGAAACCCUCUCGGACCUCAAAUCUUCUACAACAUCCUGCGGCACAGGAAUCCCUGUCGUCGAUUUAUCAAACCUUCAUUCUGAUUUCCACAGACCAAAGAUCGUAGAACAAAUCCGUGAAGCCGCAAGUAGCUGGGGUUUCUUCCAAGUAGUCAACCACGGGGUCCCUGUCUCAGUACUUGACGAGACAAUCGCUGCCAUUAAAGCAUUCCACGAGCAGCCCGGAGAAGAAAAAGCUAAGUAUUAUAAGCGAGAUCAAGAAGGCCAUGGCGUGAUGUACUCGAGCAACAACGACCUGUACCGUUCGCAAGCUGCAUGUUGGCAUGAUUCGCUACAGUUGUGGAUGUCUCCUCAGCCCCCGAAAGCGGAGGACAUACCGGAGGUCUGUAGGAGGCAGGUGGUGGAGUGGGACGUGCACGCAAAGAAGGUGGCUGAUACAGUGAUGGAGUUGUUGAGUUUAGGGUUGGGAUUGGAAGCCGGCAAGUUCAAGGAGUUGACAUUUUCGGAUGCUAGGGCGGUUGUAGGGAUUAUAUACCCUCCCUGUCCCCAGCCGGAUCUAACCAUGGGGAUUACCUCGCACACGGAUCCUGGUAUCAUCACUGUUUUGCUGCAGAAUCAGGUUCCUGGCUUGCAAGUGAAGCAUGGGGAUGCCUGGGUUGAUGUGAAGCCCUUGCCAGGAGGGCUGAUAAUUAACAUGGGAGAUUUUCUUCAGAUAGUCUCAAAUGGCGAAUAUAGAAGCGUGCAACACCGAGUGUUGGCAAAUGCCUCCAACGAGCACCGCAUCUCCAUCGUUACAUUUUUCAACCUGACGAAAUGGAGAGAACUCGGCACAUAUGGACCCCUGCCGGAGUUGCUGUCGCCUGACAAACCAGCCUUGUAUCGAGAUUUCACCCUGCAACAGUUCUAUGACAACUUUUACAGCAAAGGAUUGGAUAGCAAAUCUCUGAUUGAAAGAAUUAAAAUUACCACCUGCAGCUAAUGCCUUGUAACCCAGUGGCGAAGGUCAAAAAAAAGGAUGUGGAGACGGCGCUUCAAUUUCAGGUGAUAUGCUGUCCGUCCAGUGCCAAAAGUCAGUCGUGUUUUAGUAAUAUAUUCAAAUACGCAGCAAUUUUCCUGUAAUGAUUUCAAAUUUCAAAGUCGUGGGAUCGUGCAGGAAAUCCUUUCGUUGUUAUAUGGAUAUGAAUGUAUGCGUGAAAUUGAGGUCAAGAAAUAAAGUAGUACUACUAUUAAUUUCGUAAAGCACUGUACGUGAAUGGGCUCGAUUUGCUUCUCUAAUUCUACAUUUUGUGAUAGAUUUU